AUGAAUCCCAGUAUCAUACCCCAUCCUGAAUUGCUUGAAACCUGGAUCAUCACUGCACAACUUCAAACCCCUCCUUCGGCUCGAAUAGCAUCAGUCUGGUUUGCUGAACUCGUCUGCAAUGCGGCGUUCUCAGAGGAUAAGCGAGUUCUGAGCUGUCUGGAACCACCACUGCAAUUGCCCAUACCAGCGACGUUUGGUGACUCCAGCAGGUGCGUCGACGACCUUUCAUACUUUAGUCUGAGCGUUGGUCCUCAUGAUGCGAGGGUAUUCUACGGGCCGGAGAUUCCGUACACCAUUUAUGGCUCCAAUUCUUUCUUUACUUGCUUUGGACAAUGGAUCUCCGAUUUUCGAAUAUUGGUGGACUGGGGCAUAGACACGAUACUUGAACAUGAGUUCCGCCAGUAUCGUGAGCUCCAACGUCCAAUGCCCUGGAAUGCUGUUGAGAAGAAUUGGUUCCUUUUCUGGGACGACUUGGGACAAAUGUUUAUACACCAUGAUAUUGCACCGGUGCGAGUAUUUGCGAAACUCGAGCUCGAUGGCUCUGUCGGGCCAAACCUGGCUCUGGCGACCGCAAAUUCUGACCAAACGUGUCUCAUGAGAUUCUUGCUUCAGAGUGAAAACCCAACGGAGAGCAUUCAUCAAGCGACAAACUCGCUAGCUAUCACUCUAUGUGCACUAUCUGACCAAUCUUGCCAACCCGAUACGACCAAUACCUUUGUGCUUUUCAUCAUCCAACAAAAGACCUUACGAGGUCUUCACCCCGUAUAUGAGCCAUAUGCCGUGCUUACUCGGCGUUCUAUGCCAUAUGAGAUUUAUGCGGUCUCAUCAAAACCAAUUUGGAUUUUUGGUCGCAAAAUUGCUGCGAAAAAGUCAGAUGUACCUUCUUCAACAUUAUUCUCAGACGACUCCGAGAUGCUCUACGUGACCACCAUCAGCUGGAAAAGCCAAGGCCAGAAGUAUCAUGGGUACAUUGAUGACACACUGUUCCUGGCAUUUGGUAGAGAGGACUCGGCCGCUGGAGGUAUCGACGUUACCGCGAGAGACCUCUUAGCAGAGCUGGGUAUGUGUGCAGGAAUUUGA